AUGGCAACUGAAACAAUGAAAAAGAUAUAUAGUGUUUUGAUGAUUGUAGUUUUAUUAACGAUGAUAGUUUCAACAUACGCGAGUACGAUAGAAGUAUGUGUUAAACAUUGUGUCCCAAAUCAGUGCAUGAAAGAUUCUAAAACGGCAACUCUUCCUUUUUGUGAGAAUUGCUUGCAAAAAUCUCUGCAACCAAAACAAAUUUGCUCAAGUGAAAUUUUACACGCCUCCUGA